ACAAAGAUGGCUGGAAAGACCCCAAAGAGACUGUUGGAUCUUGCUAUUCAGAGUCUGCUCAGCAAGGAGUCUGCAGCAAUCCAAGCUCUGGAGGACAUUCCAAGAGAGCUUUUUGUUCCAUUGUUCAUUGCUGCCUUUGAAGGUGGCCAUAAGGAUACAUUGAGUGCGAUGGUGAAAGUUUGGCCCUUUUACUGUCUCCAUAUUGGGUCAUUAAGUGUACAAGAGCCUCAACAUGAACUCCUAAAAGCCAUGAUUGAGAAUUUUCCCGUAUUUCCUGCACAGACCUUUGCUUCUCGGAGACCUAAAUUGAGGAUCCUAGAUUUAAGGCAAGACACUGACUGUAGGACCACAUGCCCUGAAGUCAGAAACAAAUCACCUUCCUGUUUUUAUUCUUGUGCUUAUUCUGACCACUCUAUCACAAAAAUGGAAAGUCGGCUUUGUUUUGUAAAUUCAGAGUAUAAGGCUUUCUUACCCAAGCCUGUAGAACUACUAGUGGAUCUUUCCCUCGAUGGGUCCUUAAUGGAAAAGGAAUUUUUGAUUUUCCUUAUGCAUAAAAUUGAGGAGAGUUUUGGGUCUUUGCAUGUGUGCUGUCGAGAUUUGCAAAUUGAUAAAUUGUGCAAAUGCAAAUGCACCCUGAAAUUUUUUGAUCUCAAAUGUGUUGAUCACUUGUCAGUUGAUAGGGGCUCACUGAGUGAUAUCACCAGCAUCCUGUGUCGGAUGGUCCACCUAGAAAGCCUUAGUCUGUCUAAUGUCACUUUUAGAUCUCUGAAUGGGAAGGUCUUUAAAAUUUUUCUCAGUCACUUGCAGCGUAUGGAACACCUGAAGGAACUCAGCUUAUCUUCAUUCUGCCUCAAAAAUAAUCUGGACAGAGUGCUCAGAAUCUUACCACCUGGUUUGGAUUUCUUGUAUCUGCCAUUCUGUGUUCUUUCGUACAGAGACUUCAAAUUUAUGUCCCAGAGUCCUCAGGUCACCCACCUAAAGCUAUUAAAUCUUAGUAACAAUCCAAUGUAUUGGGAUGACUUUGAACCCCUUCACACUAUUUUGGCAAAUCUCUCUGGUACUCUUCAGCAUCUAGAGAUAAAUCAUUGCCUUAUAAGUGAUUCUGCAAUCUCUGCUCUUAUCCCUGCCCUAACGAGAUGUACCCGUCUCCGUGUGCUGGGCUUUGCUUCUAACCCCAUCACAAUGCCUGUCCUUGUGAAUGUUGUGCAUCAUUUAACACCCAUGAAGGAGCUAAAAUAUGUGAUUUAUCCUAUUCCUGUGCAUUGCUAUGAAAGAUGGCAUUUUCAGGGCAGUUUAGACAGACAGAAGCUUGCCAUUGUACAACUACAACUGAAGGCGAUGCUAGAGCUUGCACACAGAGAGGAUAUGAACUGGCUCACUUACUGUGAGUAA